UAACAAGGCCGGGGGAGAGCUUGAGAAAGAGGGAAGUGCUAUGAAAAAGCGAGGGAGAAGGUGAAAUCACAGCAGCACAGAGAGGAGAAAAAACAAAGCAGGGAGGAAGGAUGAAUGGAGGACAGAUCGCUGAUCAGUAAGGUCUCCAGAGAGGAAGAGGAGAAGAAGAAGAUGAGCAGAGAGAGGGGGGUAAGCAUCGAGCACACAGAACAUCCAUCAGCAGAGGCAGCCAUGCUCUGAGCCCUGGAGCAGCAGGGCUACGCAGACACUGCACAGGCCCAGAAUCAGGCCUACAGCUCAGCUCUCCGUCCCAGCCACAAACACCGGAGCAGGGACAAAAAAAGAUUCCUCCCACAUCAGCUGCACAUCAAAGCCAUGAGGACAGCCAGGAAAGGCAGUGUGGAGAUGCCUGCAUUCGUGCGGCAGCUGGUGAAGGAAACAGAAAAGAGGGUCAGCUCUUUCUUCAAAGGAGGCCGUGGAGGAGCAGCAGAGGGAGAGCAACCAGGGGACGGGGAGAGAGAGGAGGUCAUCCCCAGCCCCUACCUGGACAGACCAGUACUUGACAAGCUAACAGAGGAGGGCUGUGCCCGCUGGGGCCUCACAUACGCCCUGGGAAGCAUGCAGGGCUGGAGGGCUAACAUGGAGGACUUCCACAACUGUGUGCCACAGCUUGGUGGAGAAUUAGCCGAGUGGAGCUUCUUCGCUGUAUUUGAUGGUCAUGCAGGUAGCACAGUUGCACAGUACUGCUCCCAGCAUCUUCUGGGUCAAAUCCUGACCACAGGUGGAAUUGGACCAGAGGACAAUCCUGAAAAGGUGAAAGGUGCCAUCACAGAAGGCUUCAUGCAAACAGAUAAGCAUCUACACUCUGUGGCCCGGAGAGAAGGCUGGGAGAGGGGAGGCACCACAGUGAUAGCCACCCUCAUCUCGCCAUACUAUAUCUACUUUGCCAACUGUGGUGACUCCAGAGCCAUGCUGUGCAGGUCUGGGCAGGUGUGCUUCUCCACUGAAGACCACAAACCUUACAGUCCUCUGGAGAAGGAGCGUAUUGAGAGUGCAGGCGGCUCAGUGUCCCUCCAACGGAUUAAUGGCUCCCUGGCUGUCUCCCGAGCCCUGGGAGACUUCAGCUACAAGGGGGCAGAAAAGCGGACACCCAGCCAGCAGAUGGUGUCACCAGAGCCAGAAGUGUAUGUAGUGGAGCGCUCACCAGCAGAUGAGUUUCUAGUGCUGGCCUGCGAUGGGGUAUGGGACACCAUCAGCAACGAGGAGCUCUGCGCUUUCAUCCACAACCGGUUACGUGUCUGCACUGACUUGAGGGAUGUCUGCGCACAAGUCAUUGAUCUCUGUCUUUAUAAGGGCAGCUUGGACAACAUCAGCAUCAUCUUGCUCUGCUUCCCUGGAGCCCCCCACCUGUCCGCAGAGGCAUUACAUCAGGAGGCCGAGCUGGAGGACCUGCUGGAGUCCAAAGUGGCAGAGAUAUAUGAUGAGUUAUGUGCCACUGGGGAGGAUCCUGACCUGCUGUCUGUCCUCACAGUCUUGGCAUCCACUGUCAUUCCUGGAUUACCUCCAGGUGGAGGCAUACAGAGCAAAAGGAACUGUAUUAUCUCUGCUUACUACCAACAAAGAGAAACACACAAGCCCACAGUACCAAAUGGUCUGGGAAGCUCUUGAGAAGCCAGAGGGGAGUUUGUCUCUGGGAAUCCAAAGAGGGACUGUAAUUAAUGUGAAUAUUAAAACUGUUUCUCUCAUGUGUGCAAUCUGAAAAAAACAAAAGGGAGAUCAUGACCAGAAUGGUGUUCGUUUACGUCAUGCUAGCAAACAGCAUUUUACGGUAACAAAUACAAUGCAAAAAUAGAUCUAAUAAAGCCUGAUACUUUAUAUUUAUAUGAGAGGGAUAUUUUGUAAAACUUACUCAGAGACACAAACCAAGCAACAAACCUCUGCCUCUUUUUCAGAAAACAGACGGUAACAGGUGAUAAAUAAAAAAAACAAACUGUAAAACUGAAUAACAACCAACUGUGAAGCUGUACAUUGUCCUCGAAUAAAACCAGGAACGUUAAACACACAUCACAUUGUAUUUUAAAAAGGAUAUUUUAUCUAAAUGAGAAUAAACUAAGUUUGCCUUUCAUCUCCAGCACAGAAAAACGUUGUCAUAGCUGGCACACAGCCAAAUUACAACUCCUCAUCCCAAUAGGAAUAGCUCAACGUGUGAAGAGUCUGGUCGCUCACAGGAAUUGACAAGUUUAUCUCUGCCAUCGCAGAAAAUGACAGACAAACACUUAUCCGAUGUCUUAUCCUACAUACAUAAAGAAAAAAUACAUUUCACAAUCUAAAUUCUUUCUAAAGAGGUGGUUGCUUUUAUAUUUUUCCUACACAUGUAAAAUAACAACCAUUUAGCUGGAAGCUUGACUAUGAUCACAAAGUAAACAUAUCCAAAUAAUAAUUUGACGUAAAUCUAUACUUUAGUCUAGGUCUUUCUAUUUAUUUAGCAUAUUUCUUUAAACAUUCAUAAAGUGUCUGUGAAAUGUAUUUUUUCUGUGAAUUAGUUGAUAUGUAUUGUGCUGCCUUAUUCAUCUUUUAUAUAGUUGAUAAAACAGCAACUAUAACAGCAACAGAACGGGUCUGCAUGGGUUAUUUUUUCUGCAUUAUCCUGUAACUUCUUUGAGUCAUUUUUCUGUGUAUAGAGAUUAUGAUAAGAGUAAUGAUUGUUUGAAAUCUAAAUAAAGAAUAUCUGACACAA